AUGCCACAUUACACUAAGUUUUUGAAGGAUUUGUUGACCAAGAAGGGUAAAUACAUAAAUAAUGAAAGCAUAGUGGUGGAGGGUAAUUGCAACGUAGUUAUUCAGAGAAUCCUCCCACCAAAGUUCAAUGAUUCAGGAAGUGUGACUAUCCCGUGCUCAAUAGGUGAUGUAUCAGUGGAAAAAGCACUGAUCGAUUUGGGGGCUAGCAUCAAUCUGAUGCCCCUUUCUAUGUGCAGAAGGAUUGGGAACUUAGAGAUCAUGCCAACCAGAAUGACACUACAGCUUGCUGAUCAUUCAAUUACAAGACCUUACGGUGUGGUGGAGGAUGUGUUAGUCAAGGUUUGUCAAUUCACAUUUCCUGUAGAUUUUGUGAUAAUGGACAUUGAGGAGGAUGAUGAAAUUCCGUUGAUCUUAGGCCGUCCUUUCAUGUUGACAGCUAAGUGUGUAGUGGAUAUGGGAAAUGGAAACCUAGAAAUGAGUGUCGAUGAUCAGAAGGUUACCUUCAAUCUAUUCGACGCAAUUAAGCAUCCUAACGACCAUAGGGCAUGUUUUAUGAUGGAGGCAAUUAAGCAUGAAGUGGCCAUGGUAGUUCAAGAAUUGAAGAAACACCCUCCCACAGAGAAAUUUAAGGUGGACCUGAAAAUCUUGUCGAAGCAUUUAAAGUAUGUAUUUUUGGAAGAUAAUGAGGCAAAACCAGUAGUGAUUAGCGACUCUCUGUCUCAUAAGGAGGAAUCUCGGCUGGUGGAAGCCCUGAAGAAGCAUAGGGCUGCGAUUGGAUGGCAUAUAUCAUACCUUAAGGGAAUCAACCCUUCCUAUUGUAUGCACAAGAUCAAUAUGGAAGCUGAGUACAAGCCUAUGAGAUAG